AUGACGAGGGCGAAGAUAAAGAUAAAGAGAAUCGACAACAUAACGGCGAGGCAAGUAACAUUUUCGAAGAGGAGACGAGGGUUGUUCAAGAAAGCUGAAGAGCUUUCUGUGCUAUGCGAUGCUGAUGUUGGUCUCAUUGUUUUCUCAUCUACCGGGAAGCUCUUCGAUUAUAGCAGUUCUAGUAUGAAUGAUAUAAUAACAAAGUAUAAUACGCAUUCGCAUGGCAUCAGCAAAUUGGAAAGGCCAUCGCUAGAACUGCAGCUAGAGGCAAGCAAUAGUGCAAAAAUGAGUAAGGAAAUUGCAGACAGAACCCAAGAACUGAGUUGGAUGAAAGGCGAUGAUCUCCAAGGACUAGGCUUAAAUGAGUUGCAGCAACUGGAGAAAACUCUCGAAAGUGGACUCGACCGUGUGAUUCAGAUAAAGGAAAAGCAGAUCAUGGGUCAGAUUUCUGAACUUCAGAAAAAGGGAAUCCUAUUGGAAGAAGAGAACAAGCAUUUAAAGAAAAAGUUAGCGGAGACGGAUAUGGAGGCUAUGCUGCGUAAAGCAAAAAUGCCUUUUCUGGUGGACUCAAGUAUGGGAAUGCAAGAAGGUGUUUCCUUAGAGUCCACAAACAACGUUAGCAGUUGCAUCAGUGACCCUCAUGUUGAAGAUGGUUCCUCGGACACAUCUCUGAAGUUAGGGCUACCCUUCUCUAACUGA